UCCGGCGAGCCAGCGACCUCGUUCCACUUUGCCAUCUUGUCUAUGCCGCUCACCGUAGAGCGCACAUCACUUAACGUUGGGACCCUUUGCUCCAGCCAUCAUCACGUCAACCUGCGAUAACCAUGAUUGGAGAAUCGUCAAGCCCUCGUGCUAGACGGCCGCCCUUCAAUGACCAAGACGCCGACCUCAUCAUUCGCUCCUCAGACCAGGUCCACUUCCACGUCCAUAAACUCAUCCUCGCAAAGGCAUCGCCUGUCUUUCGAGACAUGAUGACUUUACCUCAAUCCUCCACAGGCUCAGAAGGAUUAGAUCCGCCCGUCGUCGACGUCACAGAGCACAGCAAGACGCUUGACAUGCUCCUCUGUCUUUCCUACCCAACGACCCCGCCCUUCCAGGGCCUUGACGGCCUAUGGCAGGUACUCGAGGCUGCAAGUAAAUACCAGAUGGACAGCGCACGCGAGCACGUCCGCAACUAUCUCUCCGGCUUCGUGCACGAGGCGCCCAUGCGCGUCUACGCACUCGCAUGCGGGUACGGUUUCGACGACCUCGCGCAGACAGUCGCAGCGCACACGCUAUCCGCGCCCGACGCGCUCUUGCAGGAGGCGAACGUGGAAGAACUCGAGCUCAUCAGCGCGCGCACGUACGACCGGCUCCUGCGCUACAGGCAGCGGUGCAGCGACGCUGCGAGCGCGGUGACGGACGUCCCGCGAUGGUGCCGCACGCCGCAUUGGAUACCGAACUGCAACAAUCCGGACAUCUUCGCAUUCUUCCAGUGCCAGGAGUGCGCGAACAGGCGGCAUAAGCUCUGGAUCUCCGGCUGCCAUCGAUAUCCGACGUCUUACUGGUUGGAGUACAUGGAACGCACGAAGGCUGCGCUGAAGACGCAGCCGCACGCGCCUGUAGUGUCGAGCUCGGCCAUGCUGCUGCCCGUGGUGCAGCAUGCGAGCAAGUGUAGCUUCUGCUCGGAGAGAAUCAUGGACGAUUUAAUGCGCUUUGCGGAGCUGCUUGAGCAAGAAGUGGCGAGAGUCGUAUCAGAGGUCAAGCUAUCGCUGUAAUCGCAGCUUUGACUGCCGAAGAGCGGCAUGUGAUUCUUCUGGAUGCGUUUCCGAGAGAAGAUUGGUCUCAUGAACAGGCAGGACGCAGAGUUUGCCAUACCCUUCUCGCAUUAAUAUGAGCUUAUCAUUAUUCAUGAGCUCACUGUAUUAAUUG